AUGGACCUAUCCAGUUGUUAUGCUAUUGUGUACUACAAAGGGGAUGAUAUUCCGUUGAAAGUUUCUUUAGAUACUAUGAUUCGUGACUUUAAAAUCUAUGUUUGUGAUUAUUGGAGAAACUUGACUCCUCGGAGCAUAAGAUUUAUUAGUGGCAAAGGUUGUGAUAAAGCUCUCAUCAAUUGUGAUUAUUCUCUUCAAGGUCUAAUUGAUGUUACUUGUUCAAGGGAAUUGUCAAGUUUUGAUCUGUUUGUUGAGGAGGCUUGUCAUGGUGUUGCUUCUAGCUCUUCGUCUGGUAUUUCCACGCAGUCGCUCAGUGAUGAUGAAUCAUGCACUGGGUUCACUGAGACUUCAAAGAUUAAAUACCUGACGGAAGGUCAUGAGCAAUUGAAACCUCUUUUAUCCGAAGGUUGGGAGGAUAUUUUUAAAGGUGUUGGUCAAUUUUUUCAUGGUAGUGUUGAUGAGGUUCGUUUAGCUGUCAGAAAAUACUGCAGCAAGUCUGGUUAUACAGUUGCAAAGGAAUUCAAUGGGGAGCAUAAAUGUGGUGGUGCUUAUAAGCUGAAGGACCCACCUGCGAAGAAGAAAUUGAUUAAGCAUCUAUUCAAGGAUCAAAUACAGUCAAAUCCGUCGAUAAAGCCUAAUGAUAUGGUUGCUCAGGUGAAGAGUUGUUAUGGUAUUGACAUAAAAUACCAUCAUGCUUAUAAAGGGAAGGAAGCAUCUAAGGCCGAGAUAUAUGGCGAUGAUGUAAAAAGUUAUACAGAUCUUAUUUGGUAUGUUGUAGCAAUAAAGGCUACCAAUCCUGGCAGUUAUAUUAAGUUUGAGUAUGAUAAAGAAACUAAACGUUUUCAGAGGCUUUUCAUAUGUUUUGUUGCCUGUAUGGAAGGAUACCGGUUCAUUCUCCCUAUGCUUUACUGUGAUGCAACAUUUCUCAAUGGGAGAUUCAAGGGAACAUUGAUGGCUGCCACUAGUGUGAAUGGAAACCAAGUUCCUGGAGAAGACAUUGAAGGGUGGGAGUGGUUUACGAAGAACUUGCAGCAUUUUGUCGACUCUCGUCCUAUCACCUUUAUCAGUGAUCGCCAUGAAGGGCUGAAGAAAAGUAUUCCCAAGUAUUUUCCCAACUCUCAUCAUAGGUAUUGUUUCUAUCAUUUGAAGAAUAACCUCCCCAUCAAGAAAUCACAUGAGAAGUAUAAACAAGUUCAAGAUUUGUUCCAUAAAGCUGCAUACUGCUAUAGUGUUGCUAAAUAUGAGUCUGCUUUAAAUGAGAUGUGUAUCAUAGGAUGUGGUUGGGUUGCCAAGUACAUCAGAAAUAUCGAUCCCAAGCAAUGGGCAAAUGCUUUCUUCGUAGGAUGUAGGUAUGGGACACACUCGUCAACUAUUGCAGAGUCUUUCAAUAAUUGUAUUCUUCCUGAAAGGGACCUGCCUCCAGCUGCUCUUGUUGAUGAGACUAGGAUAAAGAUUAUGAGGAUGAGUGCAGAAAGGCGUGAGUUCGGUAGAAAUUAUAGUGAUAGUUUGACUCUCAUAUAUAAAGCUCUACUCAAGUCACAUGUCGAUAUAGGGCGUCCAUGGAGUGUUACAGAGUCAGGUAAUGGUAUAUAUGAGGUUCACUCUCCUAGCUCUCAUGUUGUUGAUAUGAUGCAUAUGACGUGCACUUGCCAGAGAUGGAAAGUGUUUGGUUUCCCCUAUGCUCACGCCACUGCUGAUAUUACUAUGAGUGGUAUUGAGAUGUUGAGGUUUAUUCAGCCUUACUUUGGUUCGAAUCAUUUUCGCCAUACGUAUGCUCCUGCAAUUCGACCCAUUCCCAAUUACGACAGGCCAGAAGCGUAUGAACCUGAAGAGAGAGUCCUACCUGGUAUUCCAAGGGCAUUUGUAGGAAGACCACCAAAGAAGCGCAUUCUUGGUGCUUAUGAGAAGGAGAGGAGGCCUAUGAAGUGCUCAAAUUGCAAGAUGAUUGGGAACCACAACAAAGCUACCUGUCGUGUAUUAAUGCUGGAGUAG